AUGGCCGCGGCCUGUGCCAGAUCACUUUGUAAGGUCGGCCGGCUAGCCUUUGAGAUUCCGCCAUGCCGUUCAACAAAUACUUCUCUUCUCGCCACGAGGGUAUCUUUGCAAAACACAGGAAGAUCUUUUGGGACCGGCGGUGCAGGAUUCCGACCCAGACUUUUGCUGACUGCACAGCGACAAGGCAGAGGGCUCUUCGGGUGUGCGUUCUUGCUCGGUAGUGGUCUUGGCUUGUAUCACACAUUCAAGCUCACUUUUAAGGGUCACUUCGCAGAAGAAGAAGCAAAGGCACCAGGAACAGAGCUAAAAUUGACGCUGUACCAGUACAAGACCUGUCCGUUCUGCAGCAAAGUACGUGCGUUUCUGGACUACCAUGCCCUUCCCUACGAAAUUGUGGAAGUCAACCCGGUCAUGCGACAGGAGAUCAAGUGGUCCACGUAUAGAAAAGUACCUAUCCUGAUGGUGAAUGGAACAGUGCAACUGAACGACUCUUCCGUCAUUAUCAGUACAUUGAAAACCUAUCUCAUUACCAAGGAGAAAACGAUCGAACAGAUCAUUCAGUGUUACCCUGAAAUGAAAUCGAAGAAUGACAGCGGGAAGGAGGUCGUUGAGUUCGGCAACAAGUACUGGGUCAUGAUCAGCGACGCAGAGGCCGCACAGAUUUAUCAGGAAAAGGAAUCCAGAAAAGAGGAGAUAAAGUGGCGUCGCUGGGCUGAUGACUGGUUGGUGCAUCUGAUCUCCCCCAAUGUGUACCGCACGCCAGAUGAAGCCUUGGCGUCUUUUGAUUACAUUGUCCGUGAAGGCAAGUUUGGCACCUUUGAGGGCUUUUUUGCAAAAUACGUUGGAGCUGCCGCAAUGUGGAUCAUCUCUAAGAGACUGAAAAACAAACACAAUUUACAGGAGGACGUGAGACAAGACUUGUACAAGGCUGUCAAUGAAUGGGUGGCAGCCAUUGGCAAGAAGAGGAAAUUUAUGGGUGGUGAGAACCCUAACCUAGCAGACUUAGCUGUGUUUGGUGUUCUGAGGGUCAUGGAGGGUCUGCAGGCCUUUGACGACAUGAUGGAGAACACUAAAGUGAAGAAUUGGUACCGACGCAUGGAAAAGGCCACGCAUCACAAAGAGGCUCCCAACUGAGGCUGCGCUUACGUUGGCGCCGAUGCAGAAUGCCUAACACGCGUCAGCCUCUCCCAAAACGCAAAGAGCUAAUGCCAUCAGAAUGGUAAUGCUUUUGCAAAAAAAAAAAAAAAAAGAAAGAAAAAAGAGGUCAUACUGGUGAAUUAAUAAUUGUUCUCCCUCUGAAACUGGUUCAUAUUUGAGUAUAUCUGGAGUGUUCUGAGCCAUUACCCUGUGACCUCAAGAAUGGAGCUUGGUGUCUAUUUAAUUUGGGGGGGAAAAAUGUGCCCAAACAAAAAAAAAUAUUGUAGAUUAUAUUGAUUUUGCUCUUAACGUCGGUUAUUUGCUAUGCAUUUUCAGUGUAGCUUUAAUCACAUUGUUUUGUUUUUUUUUUCCUGCUACGCUUUCUUUUCUUUGGCGUCAUAGGGUCUAAACUAAGCCAAAACAUUGUGAGAACAGCGAAAGCGUAACUAACUGUUGAUACACUGAGGACUGUUAGAGGGGUCCAGGCUUGGUGAAAACAAUCUUAAUAUUUUGUUGGUCACCGUUACAACCACCACCACCACCACAACAAAGUCUUUGGUUUUGUGCUCAUUCUAGCCUAUUUUCUGUCCACAUUUGCACUUCAUACUUACAACGGUUUGAAUAUUACUGUCAGCAAUAUUUAGAACUUUCAUCUAUUGGUAUAACAGUCCAUAUAUACAAACAAUGACAGGCAUUUCAUGUAUUUUGCCCAUAUACUUUAAACCAUUUCCACUGUGGUACUGUAGACUGUGGCUAUGGCUACCUCAUUUCACCUUGGCUUUUUCUUUACAUCUGAAUUUUGGUCUGUGCUCUUGUGCUGAAUGUUCACUGGAUGUAUGGAAGACUUUGCAUAAACUGUUUUUUUUGGUAAUUUUUUCCUCUAGAGGAUGUCAUUAUUUGGUGGGUGGAAAUUCCUUCAAAAAACUUUUCAAAAAGUUUAUACUUAUGGUUUGGAAUUGUGUGUGGUGAGGCAAACUAUAGACACCCUUUUAUUGGUAGCAGUGUUUCUAUCAUUUCCAUGCAAUUGAUGAUUAAUAAUGAUAAAAUCCCAAUAUGCA